AUGACUGCCCCCGCUUUGCGCCUCGUUCAUGCCUACGACUCUGGGAACGCCAUCGACUUUAAUAUCUCAGAUCCCUUCACUCACCCCGACCAUCAGAUUCUAGCGCGGGAGAUUUCUUUUAGGUGCAGACACGACAACGAAGGAACGCCUCAUCAAGUCAGCUUCAAAUCCUGGUUUAAUUUUUGCAUCUUCUCACCCUCGUCCCAACCAAUAUCAGAGCAACUACUCAGCUUUCAAUGGCUCAAUCCACCUCCAACUAAAAAGCUAUUGAUCCAUGGGUACAGACCUGUGUUUCGCUUCUUAGACGCCCAUCACAAGCCCCUAUUGGUCAAAGUGCUUGAGGCACAGGAUGCAGGAGGGACCGACUAUGAAGUCCUCUUGCCAUCACAUAGAGAGGUACUCUAUAGGCCACUUGAUACUCGCUGCAUGGGAGGAGGUACUGGCAAUGCUGAUAAGAACUCCCAGUCUUUGCUGUUUUCGAUCCGUGUCCCUAAGGGGACACAUGCAGUCCAGGUCAGUCACAGCUAUCCAUAUCCCCUCAACGAGGUUUAUGCGCGGCUGGACAGCAUUACUAAGCCGUGGGUGACAGAAAGAGUUCCUUUAAAGGGCAACGUUUGGCUCUACAAGGUCUGCAAGAACGAGGCGUCCAAGCAAAAACCCAUCAUUUAUAUCAGCGCACGCUGUCACCCUGGAGAGGCGCCUGGAAGCUACGUGCUUGACGGGCUUCUGAGCUCGUUGGAGGUACUUCUAGACAUGUUUCAAUGUUGGAUUGUCCCCGCUAUAAAUGCAGAAGGGAUUCGGGUCGGAAACUAUCGUGCUGAUACCAAAGGAAACAACUUAAACAGAUGCUAUAGCAAGUCGGAGUAUCCUGACCUGAUCACAGCUGACAUUAUCAGAAUGGUCAAUCAGACCGAGUGUAACCCGGGCUAUGUGCCGGAUGUCUAUGGCCCACUUAAGGACCUCAUGGACCCUAUUCUCAAGACAAAGUACUUUGAGCAAAUGGGCACAUUUUCGGGGAGUAGUGACGUCGAUGACGAGCGCUGCCAAGAUACUACCGGUAUCAGAACAUUAACCUUCACACAGAACUCACAGGGCCAAAAACGGAGAAAGUGUAGCGAUAGGAUGAUAGAGUCAGAUGAAAGUAAUUCCGAGGACACCUCAGAUGUGGAUAUUAGUGUUGAGAGUAGGCCCUCUGCCACGACGUCAACAUCGUCGUUAGAAAACGCCACUGCAUUUGAGAUCUCUCUUUCCAACGGAAAGCAGAAGACCCGAAGAAUAGUCAAGCCGAUUAAGAAGGCAAAGGAGCUAGCAGAUCAUAGAUCCACCUCAUCUGAUCAAAGCGAUAAGGAUUCCAGGCACAGUACGGCCAAAAAGAACAGUUCUUACUAUCCUUCGAAGGUGAAAGUGAGUGCUCCAUCUGCAUCUAAACCUCAAUUCAGCGGAAGGCUCCCGCCGCGAAGCGCAGGUGGUGACAGCAGGAGAUUUCCUGCUGAGCAAUCACCACAUUCUCUCGUGCCCCUCACAAAUAGCUCUUCGUCCCCAACUACAUUGUUCUCCAACAAGGACAAAGCAGAACACGCAUAUCCGCUACACCAGCCCACGGCCGGGUCUCAGCUCAUUAAGUACAGCAGAAAACCCCAAAUAAUAUUCUGCCUGGACAUUCACUCGCAUGCUAGCAUACCAGAUUGCUUUCUAUUUGGUAAUUCUGUCUUUGAAAACGGGCUUCCAAGCGUCCCCAAGGAUAAGCUCUUUUUGGGUCAACUGAGGAACAUCCUGUUUGUAAGUUACCUCGCCGGCCUCGACUCCACAUUCAAUGUCAGCAAGUGUGACUUCAAGCCUGACUCUAUGACCAAGGUGGACAGGGCAGGGGAAACGUUUGAGUAUACCAUGAGAGUGGGUCUUUAUGCAGAGACAACGCUCCCCACAGUGUAUUGCUUUGAAAGCCACUAUUAUCGAAAGUCUCGCGAUUAUGCCAAGAAGCCGUUCACGGUCCAGGACUUUCUCUCUAUGGGAGCAAAUUUAGCCAAAGCAAUUCAAAGCUACUACGAAUUCACUCCCGAUAAAGCGCUCACAUACCUCAGACGAUUAGAGCACAACAUACACAUCGGUUACAGUGCACAAAAGAUGCUUGCAGAACUCCGCCAAGCUGCCGGCGGAGAGUAUCUUGUGAUGCUUUAUAGGGCUAUAUAUGACCAGCUGGAUUAUCAAGUCAACGGGGCACUGCGACAGGCAAGGCAACAGGACAACAAAGUAGCUAAGUAG